UGACAAGCCGUCAGCUAAGGAUGUACGGCCUCGUUGUCCUGUUGUGUGCAGUCCUCUACACCAGCGUUACAAGACUCCACAACAUAUAUGUACACAGUGAAAGUAUUUCAAGAGGGAAAGAUGCAAAACAGAGCAGUACCCAUUCCACCUAUCUCGCCAGCAAGGCUCUAGAUAAAGCACAUGCAUACUAUGGAUCAUUAACAAAUCGAGACAACCCGUCCUGGUGGGAGGUGGACCUCAGAGGCUACUUCAACAUCAGCAACAUCACCGUCAUUGCAGCCUCCUACAGGGAUUCGUGUAUUCACAUGAAAAAUGCCUACGUGGAGGUGAUGGACAAGGAUGUCAGCCUCUGCUCUGACGUCCAGGUGGUGUGGUGUGGAGCAGUGUCCAGCACUGUUGCUGCCGGGGAAGACUUCACCUUCACCUGCAAUGCCACCUUCCCUGUCCGCUUUGUCCGUGUCACAAGGCGAUCCACAAAUCGCAUAUACCUCUGGAUCGGACAUGUUGACGUGCAAGGGGAAGGGACUACGAAGCCAUAUCGCUCAUACUACAAACCGUCGAAGAACAAGAAGGUGUCAGAGCCGUUCCUGACCACGUCGGCCAUGACAGCCGGCCACUGCGGCAUCGUUUGUCACCAGCAUCAUUCAUGCAUCGACUUCAGCUACAGUGCAACAGCACCGACUAAAGAGAACUGUCUGCUCACCGACAAAUCCUUGGCUUCACGUCAACGACAACUCUUGGACAGCCCACAGCAU